UACCAUAAAGGAUGAAAAUGGAUGAAAGAAACUAAAUAUAACCUGUUGAUACACGUGUAUAUUUGUCGAAAGAAACUCUCGCAAAAAAUAUUUAAUAUCAUUUGUAAAAAUAUUUUGUAAGUUAAAACAUAAUAAAAGAACAAAAUGCAACAUGACGAUGUUGUGUGGAGCGUCAUUAACAAGUCCUUUUGUUCUUUCAAAGUAAAUGCAAAAACACAGAAGUUCUGUCGCAAUGAAUACAAUCUUACCGGUUUAUGUAGUAGAGCAUCCUGUCCACUUGCAAACAGUCAAUAUGCCACAAUUAGGGAAGAAAAUGGUAUUAUAUACCUCUAUAUGAGAACAGCAGAAAGAGUGCAUUUUCCAAAAAAUGCAUGGGAAAAAGUGAAGCUAUCUAGAAGUUUUGAGAAGGCGAUAAGUCAGAUCAAUGAGAAUUUAUUAUAUUGGCCAGGUUUUAUAAAAGCAAAAUGUAAACAAAGAUUUGUAAAAAUUACACAAUAUCUCAUACGCAUGCGAAAAUUAAAAUUAAGGAGACAGAAACAAAUUGUACCGAUCCAAAGGAAGAUCGAAAGAAGAGAAAGACGUAGAGAAGAGAAAGCUUUAAUUGCUGCUAGAUUAGAAACAUCAAUAGAAAAACAACUUAUGGAAAGAUUAAAACAAGGCAUGUAUGAUAGUAUUUACAAUUUUCCACAACAAGUGUUCGACAAAGCUGUGGAAGCUGUUGAAGUUGAAGGUGAAAAUGAAGGUGAGAGCGAAGAAGAAUACGAAAGAGAGAUAGAAAUUGAAAAGGAAGUAGAAAUGGAAUUAGAGGCAGAUGAAAGGGAAAGGGAAAGAAAUCAGCCACAUUAUGUAGAAGCAGGCACCGAUGAGGAAGAUGAGGAUGACGAUUUCAACAUUGAAGAACUAUCAAUGGAUGAAGAUAGCGAUUCCGGACAAAAAGAAGAAGUUGAAUUGUCUGAUGAUUUUGAAUCUGAAACAAGUGAUAUCGAGGAUAAAAUGCCCUCGACGAGUAAGAAAACAAAACGACCGAAAGUCGUUAAGAAAGACAAAACACAAAAGAAAACCCGUCCGAAGGUCGAAAUCGAAUACGAAGUUGAAAAUGAAUCACGUCAAAGAGUGCGAGCAUAACAAAUAUUUGUUUAGGACAAUUAUAAUUGUAUGUUUAAUAAAGUUUAAGUCUAUUUCAUAACUCAAA